UUUAUUUGCUUGUGAAAUUUGCGGAUAUUAAAUUGUAAUUCGAGCUGUGCAAAGCAAAAACUAAAUUUACGGUUUAUAACGAACAAAAUAUAUUCGCAAUGUCCUUUUCGUUCGGCACACCAACAACGAACGCCGGCCUGGGCGGCGCAGCUGCAGCGCCAGCAACAGGCGCCUUUGGUUUUGGCGCGCGAGCGUCAACAAGCGCACCGCCGCCGGCAUUUGGAGCUGCAACGGCGACGUCGAGUCUCGCUGGUGCAGCGAGCGCUGUGGUGGGCGGAGCUGCAAACAGUUUUAGCUUUGCACCAGCUCAAGUUGGUGCGGCGCCCACGCUGAGUUUCGGUUCGCCAGCGACGGCUGCAGUGGCUCCAACGGGUGCUGGACUCUCGCUGCCGGCUUUUGGAGGUGCUGCAGCAGCUCCUGCCUUUGGAGCGCCCGCAGCAGCACCAACAUUUGGUGCACCGGCAGCCACACCUGCUUUUGGAGCGACAGCGACGCCUGCAUUUGGCGCCACAGCUGCUGCACCGGGUUUCGGUGCUCCCGCAGCCACGCCUGCUUUUGGCGCUCCGGCAACAACCUCUGCUUUCGGAGCACCCGCAGCAGCUCCUGCCUUUGGAGCUCCGGCAGGUGCAUCUGCUUUUGGCGCUCCCUUGGCGGCGCCUGCUUUUAGCGCCACAACAGCUGCCCCACCAUUUGGUGCCUCGGCAGCAGCUCCGGGAUUCGGCACGGCAACUGCCACAGUGGCGCCGUCCUUCAGCUUCUCAACUCCCGCCACGAGUGCACCGACAACAGCACCUCCAGCGUUUGGAGCAACAGCAAUGCCUGGGUCAACACUGGGAUCUGGAAUGGGCCAAUUUGCUUUUAACAAACCACAAGCUACAACGGCGGCCAGUUUGAACUUUAAUACGACCACAACAACGGCCACGACGCAGCCUUUCAACGCGAGUCUGCGUCUGGGAGGGAAUCCCUUAGCUCCAGCCGCCACAGGAGGCGGCGGCAUCUUCGGCAAGCCACUGACAACAGGCGCACAACCGGCUGCAGCUCCGCCCGCCUUUGUUGGCCUCGGCGGCAUUGAUGUGAGUGCCACGCAACCCAAGCUGGGCGACAACAAGCAGGACGGCAUAAAGAUCAAGGAAACGCAGGUGCCGGAUGAAAUAGUCAAGACCGUGGAUGCCCUCAAGAGCCACAUAAAGCAGCAGAAGACUAUUUCCUCGGAUAUUGGACGCACCUCGACAUCGAAGCUGAGCAACGUGAGUCACGAGAUCACAAAUCUGCGCUGGGUGCUGCAGAACGUGGCCAAUUCGGUGGAUGCCAACAAUCGACAGAUCAAGCAGCUGCGCAGUGAAACGGCCAAGGCUAUACAAUCCCUGGAGAUGUCACAGCGUACCCAGGACACUCCGGCCGGACUUCAGUUUGAGAAUAGUGCACCCUUCCAGUACUUUCAGUGCCUGGUGGCCAAAUACGAGGAGGAUCUGAUAUCGUUUCGCCAGCAAAUCGCGCUCACCGAGAGCCACAUGCAUGCAUUGGCCAAUCCGCAGAGCAUUUCGCCAGAUGAUCUGAAACGCGGCUUCCGACAGCUCAACGAAUCCUUCAUCUCGCUGGCUGGACGUCUGCAUGAACUGCAUCAGCGUGUGGAGGAGCAGAAGGAGCACUUUUUAAAUCUGCGUCGCUAUCGCCUGCGGGAUGCGACCAACGUGUUCGCCAGCAUCGACAAUCCGCCCGUGCAGCUAAACGAACCCCAACGGAUCAGCAGUGGUCCGACUCCCUUCUCCAACAUCUCGGCCAUCAACACGCUGAACAAGAGUUAUGCCGCCGCCACGGCGACCACAUCCAACAACGCGGCUGCAUCCAAGUCGGACAGAUGGUAAUCCCCGAUAUUACCAGGAUAGUUAUCUGUUAGUUGUUAUGGAAAUGGAAUGUCAAUAAAGUUAUUAUACAAUCGA